AUGGAGAAAGUCCCCAAUGAAGUCCUUGACUUGAUAAUGAAUCACCUAACUGCCCAUCGGAAAAAUGACGACCUCUAUCAAGCCCGCCUCGUCGCUCAAAGAUGGAACCAACUCGCAAUAAAGCACGUCUUCAACACCAUAAUUCUCUACAACAACAGUAUCACCGCACCGCAAGGCUUCCAAUCUUGGCACAAACUCCUCGGGCAAAAAUCUGUCAGAGACACUGCGCAGCGCGUCAUUAUACACACGUGGCCCGAAGACGUAGGCAAAGACGAAGCUCCGUUUUAUUGCGAUUGGGACAAGUGGAGAUACGAUGGCGAAUGGCCUGCAUUAACAUCUGCUAUUGACAGGAUUAUUGAGCUUGAUCAUUUACAGGCUCUUGAAAUUCAUUUCUCUGACAUGUGUCGUGGGGAGGAAAGUCAGUGGAAUCAGUCCGGCCCUACCGCCAACGAUCGCGAAAUGCCUGGUGAACGCAAAGCCGCGCUUGAGGCCAUAUACAAGGCCGUCAAACAACGAGAAGGACGUUACGACAGAUCGCCCAUUCGGGAGCUGAGACUCAACCAUCUUCAAAAUAUCGAUCCGCCAGACGUGCUCAUGAACGGUCUACUAAAAGGUAUCCAACGCCUUGAUAUGAAUAUCCUGGAAGAACAGGAUAGUUUUCUGAACUAUGAUGACUUUAUAUUACCUGAGAAAUUCAAGUUUGAUGGAAUCUUGCGCAAUAAAAUAUUGGCACCUAUCGCGGAUCAACUGGUCCAACUCUCCAUCGGUGCUCAGUACGAGUGGGGUCUUUUACCAGCACGCUUCCAAGGAAAAGGCCUUGAGUUCCCAAAACUGGAGAAACUCAGAUUGGACUUUUAUGCUAUCGGUCACUACGAUCAAAUGGACUGGGUUAUUGCUCAAAAGUCUUUAACCAGUCUGCACCUCGACAAUUGCCAAAUCGUAACCCAUCUCCGCUUCAACGGCGACGAAGAAGAAGGAAAAUGGGACAUAUCAACCGAUGAUUGGAAACUCUCUAACGAAAAUCCAUGGGUACGUCGGAUAACCAGAGAAUACUACACCUUUGACCUAAGGUGGAACACCGUCUUUGACCAGAUCAGCGAUGGUCUGCCCCGACUCACAGAGUUUCAAGUAACCUGGACAGACCUUACCGGCGCCAAAGAAGACUUGUCUAGACGUUAUACCAACUUUACAAGUGAUAAUUUUCCUGUGCCAUUUGCUUAUGAGGAGUCUACGGUUUGGAUGAAGGGUUGUAUGAAUGGUCCGUGGGAGGUGCACGGUGCUGCUUAUGAGAUGGAUGUGGCAGCGUUGGAGGCUCUGAAGAAGGCCGCUUAUGAAAGACGGAAGGGACAGAGUAUAUACAAAAAAUGA